GGAGGUGGAGGUGGAGGUGGAGGCGGUCACGGAGGAUUCGGAAGCGGAAACGGAGGUGGAUUCGGAGGCGGAAACGGAGGUGGAUUCGGAGGAAACGGAGGUGGAUUCGGAGGCGGAGCUGGUGCAGUCUCCGGUGGAUUCGGAGGAAAUGCCAUCGGAGGAGGAUUCGGAGGUUCAAGUGGCGGUGCCGGAGGCUAUGGCGCCAAUGGCGGAGGCGGAGUGGGAGGCGGCAGCGUGGCUCCUGGAAUCCUCCUCGGAAGCGGAAGCCUCGGUGGCUCAGGAGGCGCUGGCGGUUUCGGAGGUAGUGGCGGUUUCGGCGGCGGUAAUGGCGGUUUCGGCGGUGGAAGUGGCGGUUUUGGCGGUGGAAAUGGCGGUUUUGGCGGUGGCGGUUUUGGCGGUGGAAAUGGCAAUGGUGGCAGUUACGGAAAAUGA